CUGAAACGACCCACGCUUGUUAAACAGGGCAGAGCAGCUUGUAAAACCCUGGCCUCUCGGCCUCACCUCCAGGAAGUAAUCCCUGACUCGGGGGGCUGGGCGCAUCCUUCCAGGUUUUGUCCAGAGGAUUUAUUUGCUCAGACCCAACGAACGCUCACAUACAGGUUUCCGGCUCUCCUGCAUCGCCAUCAACAGGCAGUCCACGUUUCCAUCCCAUCCUUCGUGCUGUGGGUGAUGAGCCAGCCGAAGCUGCGAAAUGCAAGCCAAGUACCCGGCCAUCAAGGCCCUGAUGCGGCCGGACCCCCGGCUCAAGUGGACGGUGCUGGCGCUGGUGCUGGCGCAGCUGCUGGCCUGCUGGCUGGUGCGGGGCCUGGCGUGGCGCUGGCUGCUCUUCUGGGCCUACGCGGUCGGCGGCUGCGUGAACCACUCGCUGACGCUCGCCAUCCACGACAUCUCGCACAACGCCGCCUUCGGCACCGGCCGCGCCGCCCACAACCGCUGGCUCGCCGUGUUCGCCAACCUGCCCGUGGGGGUGCCCUACGCCGCCUCCUUCAAGAAGUACCACGUGGACCACCACCGCUACCUGGGCGGCGACGGGCUGGACGUGGACGUGCCCACGCGCCUGGAGGGCUGGCUCUUCUGCACGCCGGCGCGCAAGCUGCUCUGGCUGGCGCUGCAGCCCUUCUUCUACUCGCUGCGGCCGCUCUGCGUGCACCCCAAGGCCCUGACGCGCAUGGAGGUGAUGAACGCGCUGGUGCAGCUGGCCGCCGACGCCGCGCUCUUCGCCCUCUGGGGGCUCAAGCCCGUGGCCUACCUGCUGGCCAGCUCGCUGCUGGGCCUGGGCCUGCACCCCAUCUCGGGCCACUUCGUGGCCGAGCACUACCUGUUCCUCAAGGGCCACGAGACCUACUCCUACUACGGGCCCCUCAACUGGAUCACCUUCAACGUGGGCUACCACAUGGAGCAUCACGACUUCCCCAGCAUCCCGGGCCGCCACCUGCCGCUGGCCUCAGGCCAGCGGGUCUCCUUCCCGGCCAGCCCCCCACCCUGGGGAACUACGGCUGCUCCAGGCUUUGUGCUUAGGCAGCUCCCCUACGGGUCCUGCUUGGGGGUCCGCGUGGCCCUGAGGCCUGUGAGCAGCCUGCCCGUCUCCAGCCCAGGGGCCACCCGCUGA